GGUCUUUCCGCAUGACAGUUUGAACAUCAGCUAUGGAUCUACGAACGAUAUUUUACGUGCUCUUGACUAUACCCUCUCUCUCGUUCGCCCUCGAACAACCGCAAGCUCGUGGAGCACCGUACAGCCCAAGGCACCCUCUUAACCGACGUGCCAUUCCCUCCGACGGAUUCUACAAUCCAUUAAGCAACGGAGGCGCUAUGCUCACGCAAGUUUCCAAUACCUUCCCUGCCGGCCAAGGCGAACCUCUUAACGCUAUCAUAUCCGCUAAUUCGGACAAGGCCGUCCUUGUUGACCAAUCCACCAGUGGUGGCCUACGGAACUACUUCACAUCGUUAGGCUUUUCUUCCGAGUGUCUCGGACAACACUCUGGCUCCGACCAGGCCGCGAACCUUGGAGACGGGAACGGUUAUCUAAACGAGACGGCGGUCAUACGUUGGGACUAUGGUGACCCCGCUUUGGGCACAUGUCAGGAAACUAUCAAAGGAGGCAAUCACUUCCGAUACUGGGUACAGAACGGCAAAAGCGCGAAGAGCAAUGCUGUGUUCUUAGGCGUUUCAUACGAGAAGCCUAUAUCAGACGACCAUGACAUCAUCUUCAAUGGGUACAACCUCGGUCGUGAUUGGCUCGUAGGCAAUGCCACAGGCGGGCAAUCCAUUCCAACCCUUAAUCUGACCAACUCCUCCACCUACUCCGGUUCGACCUCAUACAACGGGUACAGCUACAAGACGGACGUGUCGUACGUCUCGGGUCUGCUCCAGAACACGAGCAUCGGCAUCAACCACAACCUGACUGUCGGCGGCAACGGGAUCAACGCGUGCGACGGUCUGGUCGCGGUUCUCACUGUCAAGAUCACCGCCGCCCCCGCGGGGAGCAAAUCCGCUGCAUCUCGAUUGCAGAUGCCUGCGUUGGCAUGGACUCUUCUCUGUCAAUUAACAUUGAUCACGCUGAUUGGAUUACCUAUAUACACUUCGCUAUAGACAAUGUCAGCAGCUCCGGGUAGAUUUACAUACAUAGUACCGGGACUCUUUCAUAUUGAGUUACGCACCACCGUUUGGCUUCAUGAAUUCGGACGUUCGAGGGCGUCGAGCGCUCCGAGGAAACGCGAUUUCCUGAAUGUAUCCUUAUUGCUUUGUCUUCACCGUGAAUUCAACUUUUCUC